GCAGUUUACUCCCUCUCACCAGCUUAGUUUUACUGCCUGAUUUGUUGGAAGGCAGAGCCAAGGCUCUGGUCAUUCCAUGCCCCUCUCCAUCCAUUUCCCACCUACUAGUUUGUAAAGGGUGUAUGUAGUAAUGCUAGGAAAACAGUUUUCCCACUGGUGCCGAUUGUGGUGCUCUCAAGCACAAAGGAGGUUGAGACUUCUACUGCCAUGAACUGUGAAGAUAAUCAGAAAAAGUCUCCUGAGAUCUACACAGCUCAUGUAGAGGGACGUGGAGCUACAGCUAUGAAAAUUAAAUGGCCAAAGAAAUCAAAACAACCAGAUACGAUUCCUCCAACCAUAACAAAUUGCCCAUGGGACAUUACCAUAACCACCGAGACUGAUCCAGUACAGGUCAGCUGGGAACAACCUGAAAUUAGCGACAACAGUGGGGUGUUUACCUCAGUAGCUUCAAUAUCCAGUGGCUCCUGUUUCCGGUAUGGAACUCAUCAAGUGCAAUACACCGCCCAUGAUGAAGCAGGAAAUGAAGCCUCCUGCCAGUUUAAAGUUACCAUCCAAAAGCCAGAUCUUUCGUGCAACGCCCAACCUCCCACUGAUGGGUCUUUGGCUUGUGGAAUGUUAUCUUAUCCUGGCAGUGGAAUGAACAAAUGGCAGUUUUGUGUACCAUUCUGCAUGAAGAGCACUGGUUUCCAUCGGAGAGCAUGGUCAGUGUUUUUCUGCCAGUCUUCUCAGUCUGGGACAAGUUGGUUUCAUUUGGAUGAAGCCUGGCAAAUGACAAAAGCUCACAUGCCAGAGACUUGCACAGUCAGGCGUCGAACAGGGUCCAGAAAAGGAGAUUCACUACAGUACUAUGAGGGUGACUGCAAUGAACAGGCCGUGAAAAAACACAUCCUAGCAACUGUGGAACACAUUGUAGCCAAAGAUCCCUCUGUUGUUUCUCAGUGCACCAGGCACCGAAACACCUGUGGCAAUUUCAGAAUUUCAGAUCUUUCUGUUCACUGUGGGCCUGGAAACAACCAAAGAGAUACUGGACCACCUGUAGUGAUCUCCUGUCCUCAGAACAUUGAGAUAGAAACCAAAAAAGGAAACCUCUACUGGAAUGACUUGCCUGAAUUCUCUUGGAAGGAGCCUGUGUUUGAAGACAACUCCAGGGGUCCACUGACAAUCACAAAAGGAGGGUCCAAUGUUAAUAAUGGAGACAAACUGGCAUAUGGCCAAUAUUCAGUGGAAUAUAUAGCAACAGAUCUUUCAGGAAACCAAGCCAAAUGUUCCUUUGAGAUCUCUGUGAAAUCAAUUGCAUGCACAAUGGAAUUGCCGGAGCAUGGAGCUAUAGUCUGUGGCUAUCCUUCGGUGGACGGCAUGGACCUCAUGACCAUUGACUGUAUUGUACUGUGUCAAAGCAAAUACCAGUUUAGCAGGGAUCCAUAUCCAAUAUAUGCAUGCUCAGAGGAGGGACUUUGGUGGACCUUCACAAGCACAUUCACGCCUAUUGGCCCAAAUUUGCCAAGUUUAAACCAUAAGUGCCAAGAACCAGAUAUCCAUAAAAAGCCAAAAGUUGUUGAUCAGAAUUUUUACUUUGAUGGUGACUGCCAUGACAGAGCAGUGCAAGUCAUGCUGAUAGGACACUUGGAAUAUUUUCAGAGGAAAACUUCAGCAUAUCAGUACUGUGAAUUAAACAGAGAGUUCUGCAGAAAGUGGAAUGGUUACCGCAAUGUAACGGUGUUCUGUGGAAGCACGUGAGAUGGAAUGACUGUAUUGUUUGUUAUGGGUUUAUUUUAGAAUGUAUUUGCAUGCGUGUGUGAGAACUACAUAUUAUCCAAGUAUUCAAACUGUUCCUUGAAAGCAGUUUGUGCUGUAACCUUAUUUCCUCUUAUAAAAUAAAAUUAGGGUAAAAAUAUAAUCACUAUCGUUUUCUUUCUUCUUGAGCUUCCCUAUUGUUGCUACUACUUGCGAAAUUUGGCAUUGUAAGUUACAUACAUGGACUGA